GCCCCGGCGGGUGCCCCCCGCCGCUCCCAGAACCUCCUGGCCGUGGGCGUCCCGAACGUGGACGAGGAAGGCGGGCCCGGACACCGGCGCCAUGGACGAGUCGUCCCUGCUGGACCUGCUGGAGUGCUCCGUGUGCCUGGAGCGGCUGGACACCACGGCCAAGGUGCUGCCGUGCCAGCACACCUUCUGUCGCCGCUGCCUGGAGAGCAUCGUGUGCUCGCGCCACGAGCUGCGCUGCCCCGAGUGUCGUAUCCUGGUGGGCUGCGGCGUGGACGAGCUGCCCGCCAACAUCCUGCUGGUGCGCCUGCUGGACGGCAUUCGCCAGCGGCCCCGCCGCGCCGCCAGCCCCGCCGGCCCCGGCCCGGCCGCGGCCUCCAGCGCUCCCGGCUCCCCGCUGCUUCCUGGCCUGCGCCCGCUGACCUCCGGCAGGACCGCGCAGCUCGCCAAAAAUCCCUCCCAGCUUCCCUAUGGAAAAGCCCUCUACAGCUAUGAGGGAAAGGAACCUGGUGACCUCAAGUUCAACAAGGGCGAUGUCAUAGUCCUAAGGCGCAGGGUCGAUGAGCACUGGUUCCAUGGAGAGCUGCAUGGGGUACAUGGCUUCCUGCCUGCCAGCUAUGUGCAGUGCCUACGACCUUUGCCACAGGCCCCACCCCAGGGCAAAGCACUUUAUGACUUUGAGAUGAAGGACAGAGACCAGGAUAAGGACUGCCUGACCUUCACCAAGGAUGAAAUUCUAACUGUGAUCAGAAGAGUGGAUGACAACUGGGCAGAAGGGAUGCUGGGGGACAAGAUUGGGAUCUUCCCCCUCCUGUACGUGGAGCUCAAUGACUCUGCCAAGCAGCUUAUUGAGAUGGACAAGCCGUGCCCAGCCUCCGCGCCUGGCUGCCACGCCUCCCUGCUCUCCGACCCUGCUUCUAUGGCUGGGGUGAACCCAGGCCCCACUGUGGGCAGCACAGGGGCGGUCAGUGCCUUUCAGCGACGAGUGGAUGGCAAGAAGAAUGCCAAGAAACGCCACUCCUUCACUGCACUCAGCGCAACCCACAGAUCUGCCCAGGCCACCAGCCACAGGCAUUCCAUGGAGAUCAGUGCUCCAGUUCUGAUCAGCUCCAGUGACCCACGGGCUGCGGCCAGAAUUGGGGACCUGGUUCAUCUUUCAUGUAGUGCUCCCACCCAGGACUCCUCGUCAGCUGGACCUGCCCCAGGAGCUGAGCAGCAGGGCACAGCACCCAAAAUCCAACUGCCCCUUAACGUGUACCUGGCACUCUAUGCUUACAAGCCCCAGAAGAAUGAUGAGUUAGAACUACGCAAGGGUGAGAUGUAUCGUGUCCUUGAGAAGUGUCAGGAUGGCUGGUUUAAGGGCACAUCUCUGAGUACUGGGCUCUCAGGAGUGUUCCCUGGCAACUAUGUGACACCCGUCUCCAGGGUUCCCAUAGGAGGGGGCCCACCUCCCCGGAAUAAUUCAGUUGGAGGGUCUCCACUGGCCAAGGGGAUGGCUACAACCAUCCAUCCAGGUGGUGGGAGUCUGAGCAGCCCAGCUUCUGCCUCCAGGUCUAGUCUGGCCCUCAGCGCACCCACAGCCCAGGCUCAGCAGCACCCUGCCUCACUCCCGCUAGGGACUUGUCUGCGGCACUCAGCCCAGUUGGCAGCCAGCCAAGCCCGAAGCACCAUUUCUCCAGUUGUCACCACCGUGGCCCAUGGACCUACAUUUAAAAACUACUGUCAGUUAAAGGGCAAUAACGUUUUCAUGGAACAGCAGGAAAUUUCUGGAGUCAGUCACCAGAUCAUUGACUGGUUUAAAACUAACCUUUUAACCCUGCUGUCUCUCCAAACUUGUGCUCCAGCCAAUGCUUCAGCUCAGGCUCAGGACCGACCAACAGCCACAGUGUCACCCCUGCGUACCCAGAAUUCUCCAUGCCGCCUGGCCACUGCCAGUCUCAGGCCUCACUCUGCGGUGUCCCCACAGCACAACCACCAUCCCCCCUUGCAGACACUGGCUGGAGCCCAGGGUCCUCGGCUCAUCAUCCCACUUACAUCAGCAGCAUCAGCCAUCACCCCUCCCAAUGUCAACGCUGCCACCCUCCACGGGGAGACUGGAGGAGUUCCUGUCAGUGGCCCGUCAACAUCCAGUCCCACCAAUACAGGAUGCAAAGCAGAUGAGAAAAAAAACGAAAAGAAAGAGAAGAAGAGUGGACUAUUGAAACUUCUGGCUGGGGCAUCCACCAAGAAGAAGUCACGCUCCCCUCCCUCCAUCUCUCCAACCCAGGACCCCCAGCUGGCCGUGGAUGUCUCUCUCCAAGGCGCAGUGGGGCCGGAUGUGUCUUCACUGUUCAUGCAUGGCAGGGCAGGGUCCUGCCCCAUUGAGAGUGAGAUGCAGGGGGCCAUGGGGCUGGAGCCCCUGCACAGAAAGGCCGGCUCCUUGGAUCUGAACUUCUCUUCAUCUCCUACCAGGCAAGCGCCUCUGUCCAUGGUUGCUCUCCGCCCCAAACCCAAACCACUUUCCAGGGAAAGGUACCGCGUGGUGGUCUCCUACCCACCCCAGAGCGAGGCAGAAAUUGAGCUGAAGGAAGGGGAUAUAGUCUUUGUGCACAAGAAGAGAGAGGACGGCUGGUACAAGGGGACCCUGCAGCGGACUGGCCGCACAGGCCUCUUCCCGGGAAGCUUCGUGGAGAGCUUCUGA